AUGGCUGCAGCCUCGAAUGCUGGAGCAAAGGCAGCCAGCUAUCAUGAUCCACCAAUUGAAGGGCCGACGGGAGCAACGAUUCAUCGAUUACGAUGUCUAACUUCUACCAUCGAUCUUGGUUUUCAUCUUAUUCCUCACAUCGUUCAUACCGUUUUGCACCAAUUACCUUCUUCCACUUAUGUCUUGGUCACUGAUACGAAUAUUGCCGCUUUGCAUUUGGACACCUUCAUAAACGAAUUCAAUGCAGUUCUUGCGAAGCAAACGACAAACAAUGCAGCAAAGAAGCCUCGCCUUCUCAUUCGUACAAUCGCACCAGGUGAAGUCUCAAAAUCACGCGAUACCAAAGCCGCUUUGGAAGACUGGCUCUUGAGUGAAGCAGUGACAAGAGAUGCUGUCGUUCUGGCAAUGGGAGGUGGAGUGAUCGGAGAUUUGAUCGGCUUCGUUGCUGCAACAUUUAUGCGUGGUUUGAAAUUCUGUCAAAUUCCAACAACACUCUUGGCCAUGGUGGAUUCUGCUGUUGGUGGUAAAACAGCAAUCGAUACACCCCACGGAAAAAAUCUCAUCGGAGCAUUCCAUCAACCAAAUUUCAUCUUUAUCGAUGCCGCUUUCCUUCAAACCUUACCCGAACGUGAAUGGAGCAACGGAAUGGCAGAAGUUGUCAAAACAGCUGCAAUCUGGGAUGCAGAUGAUUUUGCCAAGCUAGAAUCAAAAGCAAAUGCAAUUAGAUCCGCAGUCUUGGGACCUUUCGACAAAAGUGCUCCCAAGGAUCAAGGUAGAACGCUUGAUACACGAACUGAGGCGCAAACUCUCUUGCUCGACGUCAUUCGCGGAUCUGUAGGUGUCAAAGCACACAUCGUCACCAUUGAUGAGAAAGAAACGGGAUUACGCAACCUAGUCAACUUCGGUCAUAGCGUCGGACAUGCCAUCGAAGCCGUCCUUACACCGGAUAUGCUGCACGGAGAGUGUGUUUCUAUCGGUAUGAUCUUAGAAGCUGAGAUUGCACGCUUUACAAAUGGACUUUCGCAGGUUGCAAUUGGACGCCUUACUCGCUGCUUGAAGGAGUACAAUCUGCCAGUCACGAUGGACGAUGCAAGGGUUACUAGAUUGGCUCGAUCUUCUGAUUGCACUGUUGACAGAUUAUUGGACAUCAUGCGUGUAGACAAAAAGAAUGCAGGAAGCGAAAAGAAGAUUGUGCUGUUAAAACGAAUUGGUGCCACUUUGGAGGAAAAAGCGAGUACAGUACCAGAUGAUAUCAUCCGUCGUGUUCUCAGUACAGCAGCUCGCGUUACUCCUGCUGCCAUCAAAGCUCCUAAUGCAGAAGUUACCAUCUCUACGCCUGGCUCCAAAUCGAUUUCUAAUCGUGCUUUGGUCUUGGCAGCCUUGGGAAAGGGACCGUGUCGAUUGAGAAAUUUGUUGCACUCAGACGACACACGAGUGAUGAUGGCAGGUUUGGAUUUAUUACAGGCUGCAGAUUUCGCAUGGGAAGACGGUGGUGAAACGAUCGUCGUGACUGGUAAACAAGGUAAUUUGCAUGCACCUCCGCAAGGAAAAGAAAUCUACUUGCAAAACGCAGGCACAGCAGCACGCUUCAUGACAACCGUUUGUGCAUUAGUCAGUAAGGGAGACAAUGGAUCUCAAGUGACCAUUACCGGUAACAAACGUAUGAAGGAGCGCCCAAUUGGCGCUUUAGUAGAUGCUUUACGCUCGAAUGGCACUCAAAUAGACUACGUCGAAUCAUCAGGAUGCUUGCCAUUACGAAUUGGAUCGAACGAUUCCGCAAGCUCUGCAGGUUUGAAAGGAGGUCGUAUUGAAUUAGCCGCUACGAUCAGUAGUCAAUACGUCUCUUCCAUUCUUCUGUGUGCACCGUAUGCCAAAGAAGAGAUCAUCUUGGAUUUGGUAGGAGGUGCUGUUAUCUCACAACCAUACAUUGAUAUGACUAUCGCAAUGAUGGCAUCCUUUGGUGUACAUGUUGAACGAUUGCAAGAUGCAAAGACUGGUGCAUUGCUAAAUACCUAUCGCAUCCCGCGUGGUUGUUAUGUCAACCCAGAAACGUACGAUAUCGAAAGUGAUGCUAGCAGUGCAACUUAUCCUCUCGCAUUGGCGGCCAUCCUUGGUACAACGUGCACAGUGCCUAACAUCGGUAGUGCCAGUCUUCAAGGAGAUGCACGCUUUGCAAAGGAUGUUUUGGAGCCGAUGGGAUGUCGUGUGACUCAAACAAAGACCAGCACAACAGUUCAAGGACCUCAAAUCGGAAAGCUUCAGCAAAUCGGUAUCGUUGAUAUGGAACCAAUGACUGAUGCCUUUUUGACCGCAUCAGUUUUAUUGGCCGUCGCUCAACCUUCGCAAGAUGGCAAGAAUGUCUCAACUCGCAUCACUGGCAUAGCCAAUCAACGCGUGAAGGAGUGUAACCGUAUUCGUGCAAUGAUGGAUGAAUUGGCCAAAUUUGGCGUCAAAACUGUUGAGCAUGAAGAUGGUUUGGAGGUGUUUGGAAUUCCACCUGCAAAGUUGAACAGUGACGUUCAAGUGCAUUGUUAUGACGAUCAUCGUGUGGCAAUGGCUUUCAGCGUUUUGGCAACUCUUGCUCCACAUCAAGGAUGCAUUAUUGAAGAAAGACGUUGCGUUGAGAAGACUUGGCCGAAUUGGUGGGAUGAUCUUGAACGCAAAAUGGGUUUGGGUGUACAAGGUGUGGAUUUACCCAAACCAAGCUCAUCCAAAUCAGCGGAUACUAUUCAGCUAAGCCGAAUCAGUAAAAGUCUUACGCCCGUGCAAUACCCUGCCAAUGCAACAAUCUUUUGUAUCGGUAUGCGUGCUUCGGGUAAGACCUAUUUGGGCAAAUUUGGUGCUGCUGCUUUGAAACGUCCAUUCAUUGAUGCUGACGUGCUUUUCAACCAAAAGUAUGAUUUGAACACAUUUGUGGCAAAGAAUGGGUGGCCAGCGUUCCGAAAGGCAGAAACAGAUCUGUUGAAAGAGAUUAUGCAUGACUAUGGCCAAGGCCAUCUGGUUUCUUUGGGAGGUGGUGUUGUAGAAACAGAAGAAAAUCGUCUAUUGCUGCGUGAAUGGGCUAGAUCGAAAGGGCCAGUCGUUUACGUCGUGCGUGACAUCGAUGAGGUGGUCCACUUCUUGGAAACAAGCGAUCGACCCGCUUAUGGAGAGCCGGUUCGCGAUGUGGCCAAACGUCGUCAACCUUGGUUCUAUGAAUGUUCAAGUUACGAAUUGGUCAGCUACUCUCGAGACAAGGAUGUUCCUCAUGCAUUCGAUAGAAGCUCUACUUUUGGGCCUCCAUCGAAAGAAGCCUCUAUCUGUAAACCCGUGGGUCUGGAAGCAGAAGUUGCUCGAUUCUUUCGCUUCAUCGCAGGUGUGGAGACCAACCAAGUGCAAGACAUACAGUCUAGGAGGACCUACUUUGUUUCUCUCACUUUCCCCGAUCUAAAAGCUGCUCUGCCACUUAUUGACCAGGUGACCCAAGGGGCUGAUGCCAUCGAAGUUCGUGUGGAUUUGUUGCAUCCCUCAGGCAAGCCGCCAACUGCCCCUCACAUUCCUCCAUUGAGCUACGUCGCCACACAAUUAGCUGCCCUUCGCCAACGUACUACAUUACCAAUCGUUUACGUGAUCCGAACGCAAAAGCAAGGUGGUAUGUUCCCUGACGGUGCUGAAGAUGAAUAUUUUGAAUUGCUCAAAUUAGGUUUGCGAAACGCAUGCGAAUAUGUUGACCUCGAAAUUCAUUGGUCGAAGGAUCGUUUGGAUGCGGUAAAGGUUCACAAAGGUCACUCGAACAUUCUGGCUUCCCACCAUGAUUGGUCUGGAUCGUUCCGAUGGGAUAGCCCUGAAGCUUUGAAAGCUUACCAAUUGGCUGCAAAUGUGGGUGAUAUCGCAAAAAUUGUCGGCAAGGCAAACGAUGUAAGUGUAAAUUGGCAAUUGGAACAAUUCCGUGCAAAGGUCGCCUCUUUGCCUGAUGCGAGACCUUUGUUGGCCAUCAACAUGGGCGAAGCUGGGCAAGGUUCCCGCGUACUCAACCCGGUCUUGAGUCCAAUCACACAUGAGAGUAUGCCUUUCAAAGCAGCUCCGGGUCAAUUGACUUAUCGUCAAAUUCAACAAGCUUUGCAUUUGCUAGGCCUCUUGCCUUCGAGACAAUUUUGUCUUUUGGGUACACCAAUCAGUCACAGCUUAAGUCCUUGCUUGCACAAUACAGCCUUUGCCGAAUUGGGCUUGCCUCAUCAUUAUGGUCUUUUGGAGAGCGCAAAAGCAGAUGAUCCUGCUGUAGUAGAAUUCAUUCGAUCGCCGUCAUUUGGUGGUGCAAGUGUUACAAUGCCCCACAAGUUGGCCAUCAUGUCUUUACUGGAUGUUAUCACUCCACAAGCAAAAGUGAUCGGAGCAGUAAAUACGGUCACACCAAUCCUUGACGCAAAGACUGGAAAGAUCCAAUUGGAAGGUGACAAUACGGAUUGGAUUGCUAUCAAAGAGAUGUGUGUGCGCAAUCUCUCGCCCGUUCAAUUGAGCGAACCCAAUUUGACAGCUUUGGUGAUCGGAGCGGGCGGUUCAGCUCGUGCUGCUUUGUUUGCAAUGCAUCAAUUAGGCGCUCAAAGAAUUUUGUUAUACAACAGAACAACUGCAAAUGCUCAAAAGUUGGCCGAAGAAGUUCCGGCAGAAUGGAAAGUUGAAGUCGUGACUGAUUUGCGCAAAUUACCCAAUGCACCCGUUGCCAUUGUGAGCAACGUUCCAUCAACCGGUACACGAUUGGACGAUGGUGUCAUUUCGGAAUUCAACAAAGGUGAAGGUAUCAUCUUGCCAAAUGAGAUCUUAUCACAUCCUAAAGGUGGAGUUGCCAUCGAGAUGUCAUACAAACCUCUCAAGACACCAUUAACAGAACUGGUCAGGAUCACUAAUGAAACUUUCAACUCUUCCGCUGAAAAAGUUGAUCAACACAACUUACGAAAUGGUAAAUUAUGGACCGGAAUUACUGGUGUAACAAUUGUACUCGAACAAGGUUGUCAUCAGUUCCGCAAAUGGACAGAGCGUGAAGCACCAAGAAGGCCGGUAGAGAUGAAAGCAUGGGAGAAAUACUUGCAACAAUGAUUAUUACUACUCUAGAUUAUGCAAUAAAUGUAUUGAAUGAAAGAACAAUUAUCUCCAUUUGUGGUGUGGG